AUGGCGGACGAGGGCGCCGAUGAGGUGAAAGUGUUUCGGCGGACCGACGCCGAAGACUUGGAAACGAAUGCUCAGUCGAGUCAUCAACUCGCCGAGGACAAGAAGGACGUCGUGCUCGAAACCGAGCUCGAAUCGCGACCGAACGGCGAUCCUUUAAUAGGCUCAAAGACUGGUGCCUUCGUGAAGCCCAUUCCAUCACCGAGCUUCUCGAAUCUUGCGAAUUUGCAAAAUGCAGCUGCCUAUAGUCCUAGCUUCGGUUUGCCGUUCAUGAUGCCAUGGAUUAUGGGGCAACCGUAUGGAAUGGGCAUGCGGGGGCCGAUGUCUCCGUCGUUCGUUCCUUGCGUGAUGCCAGCAGCAUUAAGUCCACAUAACGUGGAAAUGUAUCGACAAAUGAUGAUGAUGAACGGCCCAUGCAGUCCCCUAUACGGAAGCAUGGCAGCUGCUGGUAUGAAGAUGGACGUUCCACUGGCAGCCAGCAUGCGAACUUCGAAUCCCCUUAACCAAAUGAAUCAAAUGCGGUUACCUUUUGUGGGAUCGCCGAUAACCUCCAUGGCUAAUAAUAUGGCCCAGGAUGGCUUACGACGAACGCGUGAUGGGAAGGUGAAGAAGGAGGAACAUAUAAAAAAACCAUUGAAUGCGUUUAUGUGGUUUAUGAAAGAGAACCGACCGAAACUGAUGGAAGAACUAGGUUAUAAGGAGAAACAAAGUGCCGAAUUGAACAAAGAGCUCGGGAAACGGUGGCAUGAUCUGCCGAAGGAAGAACAACAAAAGUACUUUGACAUGGCUCGUUUGGAUCGUGAACAACAUAAGGCAAAAUAUCCUGGCUGGUCAGCCCGUGAAAAUUACGCCAUACACAAACGAAAGAAGAAGCGACGUGACAAGAGCGAAGAAGUGACCGACAUGAAGAAGUGCCGUGCCCGUUUCGGAAUCGCGAACACCGAUCAAUGGUGCAAAUUCUGUAAACGAAAGAAGAAGUGCAUGUAUUCGACGUACGAUCCGACAGAUACUAUGUCCGAGGAGCAUGGCGAUCGAACUUCCUCAGGGCCGUCACCGUUGACGUCAUCUUUGGGACCGUCGCCACUUGGCGGUGUUGUUGAUCAUGACGCUUCUGACUCCGAAUCCGAAGUGGACGAGGAGGACCGUACGUUGGUCGAUAUGGAUAUUCAAGAAGCGGCUAUGCAGCAGCAGGCCAUCACACGGGAUAACGAAUUAGCGGCGUUCUGA